GCCUCUACCAACGCCCCUUAAAGGCGCCGCCGACGCCGCCUGAGCCGGGGCUGAUCAGUUUCUCGGUUCCUGCCCCCAACUGCGGCAUGGAGUCGUCCCAGGGGCGGCCUGGGCCCGAGGCGGACCUCCCGGCUGUAGGGGAGCAGCAAGCCGUGAUCUUAGGCGGCGGGCCGGGCCGAACCCCCUCUGAGCCGCCCUCAGGCCUCCCGGCGUCUGGGCAGGAAGAGGCCGAGAACGUUGAGGGCGCGAGCCGCCACCCCGGGGCGUCCCCGAAGACUUCCAGCCGCGGCGCCGUCCACCGGGCCGAGCGGGAGGCUCGGGACGACGAGCCCGGCCGCGGAGGGACGCGAUCCGGGCCGGGUAGCCUCCGGGGGGCGCCGGGCCCUGAGCCCGACCCCCACGGGUCCUCCCGGCUGAAGGACCCGGAGCCACCGGAGGACGAGCUUGCAUCCGAGAGCGGCUGCCGUCGAGGGAGCCCGGGAGGCAGCGGGAUGGAGGUGGAGCCGCAGGAGGAAGACGAGGAGGCGGCGGCGGCGGCUGGCAGGGCUGGCCGCUCGUUCUCCAGCCGCCUUCAGGACAGCCGCAGCCUGGACGGGCUGAGCGGGGCGUGCGGCGGUACCGGGUCCGCAGGGGGUGCCGAGCCCGGCGCGGGCGGCGGGCGCCGCGCCACCAUCUCCAGCCCCCUGGAGCUCGAAGGCACCGUGAGCCGCCAUGGCGACCUCACCCACUUCGUCGCCAACAACCUGCAGCUCAAGAUUCGUCUGAGCGGCGCCCCUCAGCCCCCGCCCCCUGCCCCUGCGCGGCCCUGCGCGGCGCCCGCACCGACUCCCGCCAUUCCUCCCAUCGACCCCGACGUGCUGCGGGACCUGGAGCGGCUGAGUCGGGAGCUGGGCGGCAGGGUGGACCGUCUGCUGCGCGGGCUGGGUGGCGCGGUGCAGGAGCUGACAGCGCUGAGCGUGGGCUGCAUCCAGACCUACCGCGACGCCGUGGACUCCCUAGGCGAAGCCGUGGACAUGAGCAUCAAGGGCAUGUACACCCUGCUGGCCCGCUGUGAGGAGCUGGAGCGGGCGCUGCAGCCAGUUCAGGGGCUGGCGCGCCAAGUCCGGGAUAUCCGACGCACCCUGGAGGUGUUGGAGGCCCUGUGCAAGUGACCGGGAGGGCAGGACAGGGCUGGCCAAGCCGGGGCCCAGCAGGAUCCUAAGGACUCAAGGAGCCCUGGUGGAAACUGCCCGCCGAGGGGAGGCCUAUAUACUGGAGGCUCUUCCAGAUGCAUUUAGCAGGCCUGCGACCACUCGCUGGGCCUUAUUCAGGUGUAUGUGGGGAAGUUCUGAAGCCUUCCCCGGUGGGAGGGGAUGAUGCUCUGCUUCUAUUAAGUUGGCCAUCUGUAGCUACCUUGUUCUCAACUCUCUUCUCCAGCUAGAGCACCGUCUCUGGGAACCCAGGGCUUUAGGUCUCGGCUUGGGAGACGUGACUGCCAUAUGUGGUCCAGAAAGGAGAACAGAGGAGGCCCCAGCCCCCACUGUGGCCACCCUGAUUCCCGUGGUCACAUCUCAGGUGCCAGGGGCUGUGGGAGAUUGAGUGGUCCUUGGCCACACACCAUGGAGACAAGGAUGCACACCCCCUGCUUCUGCCCUCUGGCCCCCUACCAUCCCACCUCCCCAGCCAGACCCGGGGUGGAGCUAGACGGAAUGCAUUGCAUGGUAGAGGAGGGUGAGGUGGGAGGGGUCUCGCUGCUCUCAGGGUUCAGGCAGAAUUGUUGCUGGUUUUGAAGCCCACCUAUUGUGGAGUGUUCUAAUCAGCUUUGGCUUUCUGAGUUUUUGUGGAAUUAAAG